AUGGUCACGUCGAAACCUAUUUUUGACAUGGUAUCUGCCUCUACCGGCGAGGCUGUCCCCGCUGCUGCUCCUCAUGACGCGGCUGCCGACGAGGCAACGGCCAGGCCCCAGGCACCGCUCAUAGCGGCCGAAAGAGUAGAGCUCUGGAAGAAGCACUCGUACUUUGAAACGCUGCCCGAGGACAUUGCGCACAUGCGCCGGCUGCUACGUGACUACAGCCACAUGCCGGCCGACGCCAUCGAUGCGCACUUGUACGCAGUCCGCGACAAGCUCUGGUCGGUCUACCAGUACCCGUGCAUUGGCCGCUUUGCGUUUCUCAGCCUCGGCAUAACCAAGUCGCCGUACUACCAAGAGGCCGUGACCCGACUGACGUUGACGUCGGCCGCUCUCAACCAUGAACGCCUGCUGGACCUUGGUUGCUGCGUCGGUCAGGUGCUGCGCCAGAUGGCACACGACGGCGUCGAUCCUCACAAGCUGUCCGGGGCCGAUCUGCACAGCGAAUUUAUUGACCUGGGAUACGAGAUGUUUGGCGACGGCGCGGGCGAAAGCGGGGAGGCAGGGGCCAAUGGGUUCACGUUUGUCGCUGGCGACAUUCUGACCGACCGUCCGAGUCCCUUGGACGCGCUCACGCAGUCCGUCACCAUGGUCCACGCCGCCAACUUUUUCCACCUCUUCAGCUGGGACGACCAGGUCAAGGCGGCUGUACGGAUUGUGCAGUUCUUGAGCGAUGCCCACACGUCCAGCGACACGUCCACAGGCAGCACGGACGAAAAACCCACGGGCAUCUCUGUCUUUGGCGCCCAGCUCGCGCACCGCUUCCCUGGUGAGCACCGCAUUGUACCACACAGUCCACGAACGCGCUACCUGCACGACGCAACGACCUUCCAGAAGCUGUGGGACGAAGUGGGCGCGGCCACGGGCACGCGGUGGCGCACAGCCAUGGUACCGACCGCGAGCGGCAUUGGGGCGGCGUUGACAGGCAGUCCAGACGUGAUGGGCGACGAGGGCGGGGAUAAAGUCCAGGUUUAA